AUGUCGACCCCUACUUUCAAGCUCGUCCUCGUCGGUGACGGUGGUACCGGCAAGACCACCUUCGUCAAGCGCCACUUGACUGGUGAGUUCGAGAAGAAGUACAUGGCCACCCUCGGUGUCGAGGUCCACCCUCUCGGCUUCAGCACCAACUUCGGCCAGAUCCAGUUCGAUGUCUGGGAUACCGCCGGCCAGGAGAAGUUCGGUGGUCUCCGUGACGGUUACUACAUCAACGGCCAGUGCGGUAUCAUCAUGUUCGAUGUUACUUCCCGCAUUACCUACAAGAACGUUCCCAACUGGCACCGUGAUCUCACCCGUGUCUGCGAGAACAUCCCUAUCGUCCUCUGCGGUAACAAGGUCGACGUGAAGGAGCGCAAGGUCAAGGCCAAGACCAUCACCUUCCACCGCAAGAAGAACCUCCAGUACUACGAUAUCUCCGCCAAGUCCAACUACAACUUCGAGAAGCCCUUCCUCUGGCUCGCUCGCAAGCUCGUCGGCAACAACGCUCUCGAGUUCGUUGCUGCUCCCGCCCUUGCUCCCCCCACCGCCGUUGUCGAUGAGGAGCUUAUGCAGAAGUACGCCGCCGAGAUGAACGAGGCCGCCCAGAUGCCUCUCCCCAACGAGGAGGACGAUGAUGAUCUCUAA